AUGCCAGCCAAAACCACCGCUCCUUCCUCUCCCGUCAUAGAGGCCACACAAUCGACGAUAGACCCCAACCCCGAACCUCCUGAAUCAUCUGGUCCCCAUCUAGCUCAUGACGAACCUAUGGACGCCGAUGUUCCCGGUCCGUCAAAUACAUAUCUACCCUCUCAACCAACUCCACCUCUUCCCUCUUCUCGUCCUCUACCCAAGCAUAUAACAUCACCGGAAGAUGACGAGAUUAUAGAAGAAUUACCAAUUUAUCUCUCCGCUUCAUUAUUCCCCAAUUUAGCACUAUUCCAAUAUCCUCUCGUUCAAAAAGCUCUCUUGUCUUCAUGGGCGAGGGAAAGAAGAAAACAUAUAUCUCUAAGAGUCAAGGAAGAUGUGGGAAGGGUUGAAGUGGAAGUACCUGUCAAUGAAGAUGAAGAGUUUUGGAGGUACGAGAAAGCUUCUGAACUGACUUUUACGACGGAUGUGGGGAAUGAAGAUGGGGUCGUCGGUGGGAAAGAGGGGAAGAAAGGGAAGAAGAAGGAGAAAUGGGGUGAAAAGAUGAGGUUGAAGAGUGAGAUGUUACCACAUAAAUCGGGAUAUUAUUGUGGUGUGAUACAUGAGGGUGAGUUGUUCAAUGUCAUCCUUCCCCCUCAUACUUCACUACAAAGUGCUCUUCAUUUGCAUCCCGUAUCUCAACAAAUGCAACUUCGUACUUCCCUCGCGUACUUAGAUGACUUAUCUGCUCCGUCUAAAAAGAAAGAAGAAGAGGAAGAAGAGGCCAAGAAGAAAGGCAAGAAUGUCCGACCGGCUCCUGUGAAAAAGUUGCUGGAUGACGAAGAUAAUGAUGGAUCAGGUUCUAUACGUGACUUCCGUAAGAGGAUGCAGGUCAACGAACAACGUGAAUCUUCAGAUCCGUGGGUUGCGUACUCCUGGGAAGAUGGUUUGUCGGACAAAGUGGUCAGAGCUUACAAUCAUCUGAUCACACCUAUCGAUAAACGUAAAUCAUUGGAAUGUACCACUCGACCACUUGAUUAUCUCGACAAGACUUCCAUGAGCUAA